AUGUAUUGUUGCUCUUUUCUUUCUCGGCUGGGAGUCGGCAUGGCGAGCAUGAGCUCAACGCUCGUCGAAACGGUCUCCAUCAACUAUGAGGACUUUAACGAGAGCUUCCUCACCUGCGGCACCUGUUUAUGUACGUACGAUGGCGGCGAACAUACUCCAAAAUUGCUUCCGUGCUCCCACACUGUGUGCUUACAUUGCCUCACUCGUAUAGCAGCCUCACAAACCCGGGACGCUGGUAGCUUCCGCUGUCCUAUCUGUCGCGAACUCAUCACCAUACCGCGCGGAGGCGUCCCAGCAUUACCACCCUCAUUCCUCGUCAAUCAGCUUUUAGAUUUAAUGGCAAGACAACGCCGCGAAGUUAUACCCCAAUGCAGUUCCCACCCGGGAAGAGAGCUUCUCUUUUGCGAAACCUGUGACUGUGUUUUCUGCAGGCAUUGUGCCGACGGUCCCCACAGUGAUACACCCUGUGAUCACACCGUAGUGCCGUUUUCGAUAGCUUUAAAAAGAAUGUCUGAAAUACUCUUGUAUAGAGCCAAUGAGUGCCUGAGUAAGCUUGGAGCGGCCAGGGAGGCCGUGGCAAGUGAAUUGAGAAGAUUAGAAGCGGCUGCUACUGCGGCCGAUGAUGCUAUAGAUAGACAUUUUGCAGAAUUAAGAAAUGCUUUAGAUAAGCGACAUAACGAAUUAAAAUCGGCUGCCAGUGCCGCUGCAACGCAUAAACGGAAGCUACUUGAAGAGCAACUGAAAUUAAUAGAUGCUGAAAAGACGAAGGUGGAAGCAGAAUGUAAUGGCCUCCAGCAGCAAGUAGAAGUUCGGGAAGUUAGUAGUCGUGCAGCAGCAUUGGGAGCUAGAUUGGGUGAUGCAGCAGCUCUAGCUGAACCACGGGAGAACGCCUUUUUAGCUGUAGACUUCGCGCACAAUGAUGCUCACCAGAGGUUGACUGAAGCUUUGGCUGAACUGGGAAGGGUUCGGACCAGUACAACAUUCCCUGGCUUAUGCACUUUACAGUUAGAAUCAUCUUGUGUCUGUGGUCUGGAAGUGGUAGUCUCUCUUCGCACUGUGGAUUAUCAUGGUGAAGCGCGGAGCACUGGCGGAGAUCCCGUUACUGCAGCCGCUACACUUGAUGAUGCGCCAUUACCUUGUACGGUCACUGACUUAGAUUGUGGGAUGUACAGAAUAACAAUGCGUCCGUGGAGCGCAGGCGCGAUUUGCGUACGCGUGCUCGUGUUUUCGCGAUCUGUACGUGAUUCGCCAUUACGGGCACGAGUCGAGACGCAUGCUGCACCCGAACUAGUUUGGGGGUCACGGGGCACGGGCAAGGAACAAUUAAGUCAGCCGGUUGCGCUUGCUAGGUGUCCCAAACGUCGAGAGAUAUACGUUCUUGACGCUGGAAAUUCUCGAGUGAAAGUAUUAGAUGAUGAAACAUUUGCAUUUAAAACUCACAUAGUCAAUGAAGGUUUAGCAGGUCGCAGUUGUACAGGUAUAGCUGCGACGGCAGAGGGCGUGGUAGCAGUUAACUGGCGAACUAGAACUGUCACUGAGGUGAAUAUAGACGGUUCUACUCUCCGCACAAUAAAGUCAGAUCGCUUAGUGGAGCCCGUGUGUGUAGCGGCCGAUAUCGACUCGAGAAGACUGGCUGUGGCCGACAAUGGAGCUAGAACUGUGUUUGUGUUUGACGGGGACGGGAAUAUUGAGAGAGAGAUAGAUAGCGGUAACUUGGGUCUAGUGGGUGGUCUGGCGCUCACUGAAGACUUGAUAAUUGUGGCGGAUGUCGCGGUGAGGAUUUACGACUCUGAAGGGAAUUUGCUGUCCAUACGUGCGACUGUGCCUAAAGGUCGCGGCGGUUAUGGCGGCAUAGCUUUAGAGCGCACCGAAAAUGGUUUGCACAUCGUAUGCGCACGUUCCAUACGCGGCCGGCCCGCUAUCAUAGUACUGGAAGCAGAGGGCUCGGGUGGUAUAGUGGCGGGGUGUGAACUGACUGAAAAACGACCCAGGAGGGUCGCGGGUUUGACGCUUCUGCCUAAUAAAAAGGCGUUAUUGGCUGACCUGGCGGGAGACUGUUUGAGACUGCACACUUAUUGGUGA